AUGUCUGUUUAUACUACAAUUACUGCUUCAUUACCAUUUAUUGAAGUCGAUUUAAAUUUAAGUCCACAAGAAAUGUCUAUGUUUAAUAAUGGUCUCAAAUAUGUUAUACCAUGUCAAAGUCAAUUUUCUUCUAAAUCUAUCGAACAACUUGUAUCUGAACAGUAUCAAAAAAAACGUGCAAAACAUGAAUACAAAAUCGUACAAAGUAUUCGACAUCUUUUACGUGAUCGGUCAGAUAUUGUUAUACGUCGUACAGAUAAAAGUAAAGUAUUUUAUAUUGGUAAAGCAACUGAUUUUGCGCGAAAAUCCGAAGAAUAUAUGUUAAAAACAAAAGCUUAUCAAGAAAUUACAAGUGGUCGUUGUCCUCUAUCAGAUAUGUUAUAUGCUGUACAAACAUUACUCUCUAGUCUUGUAACACAGAAAGCUCUCAGCUUCCAACAAUAUAGUAAAAUAUCUCCAAGAUUAAACAAAUUGGAACUUGGUCAUUAUCAUGGCCUACCGAAACCACAUAAACCUGGUACACGAUUACGACCUAUUAUUGCCUGUAUACAUGCACCAGCAACAUUAGUAUCGAAAUUUUUGAACGAUCUAUUAGUACCUAUAUAUUUGAAUGUUGCUCGUGAAAUAACAUUUAUUAAUGGCAUUGAUACAAUGAUACCUCGAGAAGGUGCAUUACAUGCAUUGAUGCGAUUUUUAGAAAAGAAUUCACAUCAUGGAAAAGUUGGUACAUUAUCCAUUGAUGCUAUUAUGAGAAUGGCUCGUUUAAUAUUAGAUACUAAUUGUUUUGCUUAUAACAACAAAUAUUAUCAACAAACUCGUGGCGGUGCUAUGGGCUCAGCAUUUACACAAGUAUUGGCUAAUAUCUAUAUGUUUGAAUGGGAGCAAGAUCUAAUCAAACACCAAACAGUACACAAAGCAAUGUAUGGAAGAUACAUCGAUGAUAUAUUCAUGACAACUAACCGAAUCAUAGAUGAAAUUAAAACAGAACUCGAAGAAGCUGCCAAUAAAGAUAUUAAUAUUAAAAUUCACUAUGAAAUUGAUACAUGA